ACGACGCGCGUGACAUCAAUUUUGGGGAUGUCAAAGGCGAUCAAUUGUUAUGGAUUACAUUAGUAUCCCGCACUUCGCGACAUUCAGACAAGCCGGCACUGUGAUAAUUAGAUUAAAGAUGGAUGUGUCUGACAGCUGUUGUGGCAGCCCUAAGCUCCCUGCGUACCUGGGCAAUGUACAUAGGCCCUCAAGUUGUGAACGAUGUUUUAGGACCAGAAACCAAUAUAGUGACUGUGAUAGUGAAUUAGUGGACAGAUGUCGAACCUACAGAUCGCGCGUUGCCAAAAGCAGAUACGUCAACGUCUGCGCAGCAGUUUGCCUUGUUCUUCUGGUGGGAGGGCUCUCACCGCAGUCGACAGCGGCACCCCAUUAUCGAAUUAUGGACAGACAACGUAGGUCAUCCUCCCAGGAGAAUCACAUUUGGGGAAACCCUUGUGAUUAUGGCUCUGAUAGCAAAUCGUUAAAAUACUCAGCAAAACUAGCUAAAGAAGUAGAGAUUCAAGCGAGGAACGCCCUUAAUGCGGCAUCGGAGUACAAAGAUAAAUUUGUAAAGCUUCAUAGUUUCUCAACAUAUGAAGAUUUACUCAGCACCUGGAGUGGCACCGAUUGGCUCAAGGGCUACAGCUGGUUAAAUCAAGAAGUUAAAGACGGUCUCCCGCAAGGAAAUCUCCGUUACAAGGGUGUCAGUGAUGAAUACCUGGACAAUCUAAUGAAUAAUAUUGACAGUCAUCUGCCGUCAAUGUACAGGGGUCUGAAGAUGGUAGUCGCUGGACUGUAUCUCGUAAGCACUGAAGGCUUGAAUGAUGACAUCAGGUCUGAUGCUGAACUCAAACAGAACAUCACCAAGACCAUGCACAAUGCUCGGGCUGUUCUAUGCUUAUUUAGUGAUGUAAUGAGGUCUCGUAGCCUCGAAGUAGCUCCACUCCUAGACUCGGAACUUCCCGAUUUCAAGAACGACAAGGUUCUCUACGCAUUUCUAGUAUACAGGGACACACUUAACUACUUAGACUACCUUUCUGAUGUCUUCAAGAAGAUGUACGUUGUAGACUCGCAGAAGACUGAUUGAUGAUUUACAAUAGAGCGGAAUGAGUUACAUAUAACAGUAUUUCCGUGGUGAUAAGUGUUACGAUGUCUGUAUAGAAGUACUCAGUAUGUGUAACUCGUUCACGUCUGCCCCAUUUUUGUAUUAUACUCGGGCUGUCUACUUAACCGAUGGUGCUUUUAAAUGUAGUUAACAAUUUCAGCCGAGAAUCUCUGCACCAUCAAUAGUAGUGAAUUAUUUUGCCAUUAUAUUGCCAUUUCGGUCCAGAGCGAAACAGCGAAACAGUUCCUGUAUGUAAAUAGUUGAGUUUAAAUUAUUUAUUAAGGAGGCAGCUUAAUUCUAAAUUUUCCGCUAGUCAAGUUUAUUUAUUUCGUACAAUUCAUAGUUUCAAUUUAGAAAUUUUGUAGUAUAAGAGACUCUCAUUCCACCAAACUUGCGUGCUAGUAAAUUAUUAUUUGAUUGUUUCAUCUGAGUGUUUUGAUAUGAAUGUUAUCGAGGGAACGAUUGAAGCAGAAAUAAUUUAAUUUGUACAUUUUUAAUUCUAGUUUCCUUUUAGUUUUACUCGAAUUCUUUGUUAACUAUUUAUAUCGCUGUUACAUAACGAUGACUAGCUUUAAUGCAGCUAAUUAUAUUGUAAAGUAUAGAGCCAGUGUAUUUAUGACUUAAUCAUUAUUUGUAUAGUUCAAAUAGUAUUUAUGACUGCGCAAACGGCUAUGUUUGUGAUAUUAAAUUAUUA